UUCCAGGAGGCAGUGAGAACUCUCAAUUCUCUUCAAUCAAAUGCUCUUACUCUAGAGAGAUGUCAAAUAACUGCAGCGAAAAGAUUACAGAAUAUGGUAGAUUAUAUUCACAGAUCUGGAUUAACAGUAAAUGAUCUAGAUAAGUUAUCUAUAAUACAUAUUAGUGGUACCAAGGGUAAAGGUUCUACAGCAGCAUAUUGUGAAAGUAUUUUACGUCAUGAAGGAUAUAAAACAGCAUUUUUUAGUUCUCCACAUUUAGUUGAAGUCCGAGAGAGAUUCCGUAUUAAUGGGAAACCAAUCUCAAAAGAAUUAUUUACUUCUAAUUUCUGGCAUGUUUAUAAUAAAUUGGAUGCAAGCAAGGAAAGUUAUGAUAACCUGAUGCCACCAUAUUUUGCAUUUCUGACAGUUCUCUCUUGUCAUAUAUUCCUGGAAGAGAAGGUUGAUGUGACCAUUAUGGAAGUUGGAGUAGGCGGAGAGUAUGACAGUACCAACUUUAUCAAACACCCAAUUGUUUGUGGAGUUACUUCUCUUGGUUUAGAUCACACCACUAUUUUAGGCAAAGAUUUGGCAUCCAUUGCUUGGAAUAAAGCAGGCAUUUUUAAGGAAGGAGUGCCAGCUGUCACAGUAGAACAACCACCAGAAGCAAUGAAAGUUAUACAUGACAGAUCUGUAGAAAAAAAUGUGAGUAUGAGUGAAAUCAAGGAUGUGACUUUACAUAAUGUCUCUCAAGAUAUCAAACUUGGUAUUAAUGGAGACAAACAGAUUGUAAAUGCUUCUCUAGCUGUACAGUUAUGUAAAAUAUGGAAGCAAACACACUCAGGUAAAGACCCUGUGCCACUUUUUUUCCCUAUUAGUACACAGGUAUAUAAUAGUUUAAAGGAAUGUAUAUGGUAUGGUAGAAAUCAAACUAUACAAAGGCCUGGUAUAACAUAUUAUUUAGAUGGUGCUCAUACACUUGAAAGUGUUCAGCAAUGUGUGGAUUGGUUUAACGAAUCAUCUACGAAAGAAGCCAAGGCUGUAAAAGGAAAAGUAGUAAAAAUAUUAGUGUUUAAUUUAACUGGUGGUCGUGGUAGAGAUGUUAGUAUACUUCUAAAUCAACUUCAGAGAUGUAAUUUUAAUGGAGCUCUUUUUACACCAAAUUUAGCUUAUUCUGCCAUAGAUCCUAAUCACAGCGGUAAGUUGUCUACAGAGAUAUUUCAAAAUGGAACAUCAGAACAUUUUGGUACAAGUAAAUUGGGUGAGGAGCUAAAUGGAGCUCAAAAUGAACUCUUUGUGGUAAAUGGAGAGGCGUUAGAUAUGGAGAACCUAAAAUACCAUACUCACAUAUUACCUUGCAUAUCCAGUGCCUUAUUUUGGGCAACACAAGGGAAAGAUAAAUGUGUAAAUGUUGAAAAAAACUGUGUAGUUCCUGAUAUACCAUCUGAAUUUCAUGAUGCCUCUCACAUUCAGAUAUUGAUAACAGGCAGUCUACAUUUAGUGGGUGGAGCUUUAAGUAUUGUUAUGCCAAAUCUUAAUGAUUGA